GUCCUCCGGCAGACCGGAGCAGAGACGGAGGGAAGCCGGCGUGUGUGAGCGUCUGUCACCGUUCACAACUUGUUGGACUGGGGACCAAUAAUCUUAAUUUCACCUGUCAUUACUUUUUUCUUUUUCUUUCUUGAUCUUAAACUCAAAUGACACGAGGGAAAAAAAGAAGGAGAAGAAGAAGAAGAAGUCUCUCCAUCAGCUCUUUUACUUCAGCUUCUUCUCACUAAUCGGAGCGUUCGGGCUUCCAGCCAGAAGGAGAUGAAGUGCUGCCAAUGAGCCAAUUCUAUGUAAAGUACCAUCCAUGGCUGCCCAUCGCAUUAUCAGAGUGACAAACAACAAUCACAUCCUCCCUCGCUGUAAGUCUGAGGGGACGCUCAUCGACCUUAGCGAAGGGGUCACCGGGGCCAGUCUCAACGAUGUUAAAGUGCCUUCUCCCAGUGCCUUAAGGCUGGACACUUCAGCCUCUUAUGGAGCUGCACAGGAAGUGGUUGCCAUAAAGGAUUAUUGCCCCAGCAGCUUCACCACGCUGAAGUUCUCCAAAGGGGAUCACCUCUAUGUGUUGGACACGUCCGGUGGAGAGUGGUGGUACGCCCACAACAACACGGAAAUGGGUUACAUACCAGCCGCGUAUGUCCAACCGGUCAACUUCAGGAACUCUUCGCUUAGUGAUAGCGGGAUGAUUGACAGCCUUGGGGAAGGAUAUGAGGAUGGGUCGAAGGAGUUUGCAGGUUUGGGGGAGUGGACAGGAAUGGCCCAUAAGCCCUCCUCAAUUUACAACAACAGUCCCUUCUCUAUGAACCCCUUUAUCCGCCCCUUAGAUCAAAACUGCAAAGAUUUAGGUGUAAGGAACUCAACCGAUCUUAUUCUGUUUGAUGCACUGGCAUCUCCUUCAUCUUGUUCAAACUUUAACACUAGUACAAUCAUGACCAAUGGGUUCAGCAGCUGCCACAUUAACAAUACCACUCCCACCAGCCCAAACCAAGAUGUUGUACCUAACCUUCACAGGGAUAACCCGUUUUUCAGGAGUAAACGUUCCCAUAGUCUCUCAGAACUGUCAGUCCUGCAGGCACAGUCGAAUCCAACCUUACCUUCUUCGGGAUUCUUCACAGGCCUUAAGGCUCCUUCGCCGGAGCAGUUCCAGAGCAGGGAGGACUUCAGGACUGCUUGGUUGAACCACAGAAAGCUAGCCAGGUCUUGCCACGACCUUGACUCCCUGGGCCAGAGUCCUGGCUGGGGCCAGACGCAGCCGGUGGAGACCAACAUCGUGUGCCGGUUGGACAGUAACGGAGGAGUUGUUCAGCUCCCAGACACCCAAAUAAGCAUGCACAUCCCUGAAGGCCAUGUCAGCCAUGGAGACCACCAGCAGAUCUCCAUGAAAGCCUUACUAGAACCUCCUCUGGAGCUUAAUGGUGAUCUCUGCUCCACUGUCAGCCCUGUGGUGGAGAUCAAGUUAAGCAACAUGGAGACAAAAUCCUUUAUCACCUUGGAGAUGAAGGUGUUGGUAACUGUCAAGAAGGAGAGUUGUCACACUGCAGAGGUGCUCUGUGUUCGAAGUGACUGCAAAGAAGGGCCUUACACACCAAUCCCUAAUGCUUACAUUUACAAUGACACAGUACAGGUGCAGCUGGAUAGUCUAGAACCUUGUAUGUAUGUGGCUGUUGUGGUUCAGUCACAGUACAUCAGCCGCAACACCACUGUUUGGGACCAUGUGACGAGGAAAGUUACGCUGGGCGUCUACGGACCCAAGCAUAUUCACCCGUCCUUCAAGACAGUUGUAGCCAUGUUUGGGCAUGACUGCGCCCCCAAUACAUUGUUGGUAAAUGAGGUGGGCCGGCAGGCUAGCUCCAGUCCGCCAGUGGCCCUCCAGCUGUGGGGGAAGCACCAGUUUGUGCUGGGGUACCCUCAGGACCUCCAGCUGGGAUUGUACUCCAACAUGUCCAACUACCAGGUGAAGGCGAGCGAGGGUGCGGGGAUGAUUCGAGGAUUCCAGGUUAAACUUGGGAAAGUCAGCAGGCUUCUGUACAUGAUCACAUCACACAACCCAAACAGCAUAGCAGACUUCACUCUCAGGGUCCAGGUCAAGGACGCCCUUGACUGUAUCCUCACCCAGUUCUGCGUCCAAACACCGCCACCGCCGCCAAAGACCAGCGCGAGGAUAACAGGCCAGAGGAGGUUUCUGAAAAAGAAGGAGGUGGAUAAGAUUGUCCUGUCACCGCUGGCUGUCACUUCCAAAUACCCAAAGUUUCAGGACCGGUGCAUUACCAACCUUAAAUUUGGCAAGUUGAUCAAAACGGUGAUUAGGCAGCACAAGAGCACUUAUCUGUUGGAGUACAAAAAGGGAGAUGUUAUUGCUUUGCUUAGCGAAGAGAAAAUCAAACUGCGAGGGCAGCUGCGGACCAAAGAGUGGUUUAUUGGAUACUAUCAAGGGAAGAUAGGUCUUGUCCAUGCCAAGAAUGUUUUAGUUCUGGGUAAGGUCAAACCCAUUUAUUGGUGUGGGCCGGACUUAACGACCACAUUGCUGCUGGAGCAGAUCUUGAAGCCUUGCAAAUUUCUUACGUACAUCUACGCAACAGUGAGGACGGUUUUAAUGGAGAAUGUGGGCAACUGGAGGGCGUUUGCAGACGCCCUGGGGUACGGGAAUUUGCCACUGAAUUACUUUUGCCGAACCGAGCUGGAUAAUGAGCCGGAGAAGGUGGCGUCAGUUCUGGAGAAACUCAAAGAGGAGUGUACGAACAUGGAAAACAAGGAGAGGAAGUCCUUCCAGAGGGAACUCAUGAUGGCGUUGCUGAAGAUGGACUGCCAGGGUCUGGUUGCCAAACUGGUUCUGGAUUUCGUCCUGCUGACCACGGCGGUGGAGGUGGCGUUCCGGUGGAGGGAACUGGCUGAGAAACUUGCUCGAGUGUCCAGACAGCAGAUGGAGGCUUACGAGGCUCCGCACCGUGACAAGAACGGUCUACUGGACAAUGAGUCCAUGUGGAAGCCAGCCUACGACUUCCUUCUGACAUGGGCGGCCCACGUGGGGGACAGCUACCGAGAUGUGAUCCAGGAGCUCCACGUUGGUCUGGAUAAGAUGAGAAACCCCAUCACCAAGAAGUGGAAGCACCUAACCGGCACGCUGAUCCUCGUCAACUGCCUCGAUACACUCCGCAGUGCCGCCUUCUGUCCCACUGGAUAUGGAGAUUUCGCUGUGUGAACAUCUUCCUCCACCUGGAGAACAUGCCAAGAGUUACUGGAGCUCAGUAUUUCUUGGUCCUAAGACUGAUCUGUGGAGCUCGGACUUCGACCGUUUGACAGGAGGACAAUAAGUUUGGGAUCAAAGUUCGGAGCGUGCAGUGAGCCUUCGAUCUUCAGGUCCGAUCUGUGCGUCUCUGGUAUCUUCGGUGGCAGCACUGAUUGUUUCUUGUUAAGCACCAGAUGUAGAAACUGGACGUUUUCUGGCAAGUCGAUGUGGACCUGGAGGAUCAGCCUCUCUCUGUUUUUUAUGCUUUAUGCUUUAUUAUCCUCCUUUCUUUUUCAUUGUACUCUUCCUUUUUUCUUUUUUAACGCACUCUGUCUUUAGAGUUUCCUGUCUUUGUUUCUUUAGACAUAUAUAUUUAAA